UAUAAAACAAAGCUAGCAACAACAACACAUAAUAAGGCCAUAAAUCAAAAAAAUUUUUUAUUAGCGUUCUUUAGUCGUUCAUUGUUUUGUGUGUGUAUUUUAAAUAUUUUCUGGCCACCUCUCUUUAUUUUAUUCAUUUUUUUAUUUUUUAUGUAUAUGUAUUUUUCUGUUCAAUUUAUUGCAAAAAAUUUUUUUAUUUGGCUUUUUACUAUAUGUUAUUUUAUUUAUUGGUAUUUUUUGUACCUACUGGAUGCAUACUUGCUAAAAAUUUUGAAAAAUAGUUUUUUAUUUCUCCAUCAUCUGCUUGCUUUUUAUUUUCUUAUUAUUUUUAUUUUUAUAAAAAAAUAUUGCGAGAAUAAAAAAAUACUUGCAAAAUUCAGCGAGAGAGAAAACAGCUAUCUAAUGUAA